UGAGCCAAUGGCGGUGGCGGCCCGGCCCGCGGUCCUGCCCGGCCCCGGCCGCACUGCGCCGCCCGCCGCCCGCCUCUCGACCGCGCCGGCACCGGCUUUGGGAGACCCAGUCGCGGCGGCUCCGAGUGCGGCGGGCGCGGGCGGCGGCGGCGGUGGCGGCCUCCGCUCCGCGUCCUGGGGUCUGGAUCUGCUCGCCCGUGUUGGGACGGCGUGCUCCUCGGCCCGCCGCAGGGACAGGGUCGCGCGGCUUGGAGCUCAUUCCUGAUGGGCAGCAAAAUUGUGGAUAAAGGAGCCAGAGCCACUUCCUAAGUCGGGCUGCGGGCGCACUGCCAGCCCUGGGACACCGCUUUCUCUAUGUGGAAGCUCGGGUUUGGUGUGUCAGAGUGAACAAGCAUCUCCAGAACCCAGGGCCGCCUACAGGAACCAGUUUGAAGGACCUGGCUCAGGUGUGAAAGGAGCCCUUUGAAGGUUCCAGGGCUGCAGAGGGUUGGCAAUCGGAAGGCUCCAGCAGAUCUCCAGCCUUCUCUAGCACAAGCGAGAGAGGAAGUGGAGGUUGGUCUGGGUGGUGUGACCCAUGCUUUGAGGCCAGGAGACUCCUGGAGGCCAGCAUGCCGUGGGACGCCAGGCCUGGACACAGCGCCAACGGAGGGCCCGAGGGUCCGGGCGCAGCUCGCUUGCGGGUGCAGAAGCAGUGCCGGAAGUCAUCCUUCGCCUUCUACCUGGCAGUGCGAGAUCUGCUGCCAGUGUGGCUACUUGAGGACAUGCGUGCCAGUGAAGCCUUCCACUGGGACGAGCGCGGGCGCGCUGCCGCAUAUUCUCCAUCGGAGGCCCUGCUCUACGCGCUCGUGCAUGACCACCAAGCCUACGCUCACUACCUGCUAGCUACCUUCCCGCGGCGGGCACUCGCCCCUCCUAGUGCGGGCUUCCGCUGCUGCACGGCGCCCGGACCGCACGUGGCGCUGGCCGUGCGCUACAACCGCGUGGGCAUCCUGCGCCGUAUUCUGCGAACCGUGCAGGACUUCCCGGCUGAGGAGCGCGUGCGCUUCCUGGACCGGCGCGGCUGCAGCCGCGUGGAGGGCGGUGGCACGUCGCUGCACGUGGCCUGUGAACUCGCACGCCCCGAGUGCCUCUUUCUGCUGCUUGGCCACGGAGCUUCUCCAGGCCUUCGAGAUGGCAGUGGCUUUACACCUUUGGAGCUGCUGCUGCGCCAGCUGAACCAGGACGCCAGCUCAGCCCCUACUGCGGCUGAAGCCGCCGCUGCCAACGUCAGCGCUGCCGCAGCCAACACCACUUCGUCUGGGGAGGUGUGUCAGCGUCGCCUGCUGCUGCUUGACCUGCUAGCACUGUACACCCCGGGGGGUGUCAUAGGCCCAGCUCGAUGUGAACUGCUAGGAGACCAGCUACGCUGGCAGCGGUUGCUGGGGGAGGACAAGUUCCAGUGGCUAGCAGGGCUGGCGCCGCCCUCCCUCUUUGUCCGUGCCAUGCAGGUGCUGGUCACCACUAUCUCACCUGGCCGCUUCCCGGAGGCCUUGGAUGAACUGCCUCUGCCACCCUUUUUGCAGCCCUUGGACCUCACGGGCAAGGGCUAGACUCAGGGGACCCUGACACAGCAUUUGGGGACAGAAGUAUUUUUGAGAGCAUUGUACUUGGCACUUUACAUAUAUGGAUCUUUGACUGUA